CAUAAAUUCGGUAUUGUCAAAUAAAAAUAUUUACAUAAUUCACAAACAUCCUUUGUUUUGCCUAAUCAAAAAUAUAAAUGCGUGAAGCUAAAACGUAUACAUAUGUACGCAUGAAUAGAGAUGAACUAGUGCCUGAAAAUAUUUUUGUUGUAACACUAAUGGUAUUUGGGAAAAUCGGUUUUUUUUUCAAUAUUUUUGACAGUUCAAGUGCAAAGGAUAAAUAGCAUUUUUAGUUCAAAUUAUGGAUCCCAAUCUAUUACCAGCCGUUCUAAGAACCACUCUACCGUCAAACCUAGAAAAAAUCAAAUAUGGCAGCUAUACAGAAAAUGACAAUGAUUACUCAAUACAUUUGUAUUUGAAAGAACACGAUAUAAGAGUUCAGGAAGAUGGUAGUGAUAUAGUCGAAUUUUUAAAGGGGAAACAUAUAUUGAUUACUGGUGCUACUGGAUUUUUAGGCAAACUUCUUCUUGAAAAGCUGCUAAGAUGCUGCAAAGACAUUGGAACAAUCUACGUUGUUAUUAGGACAAAAAAGGGGGUAGAUCCUCAAAGUAGACUGGAAGAUUAUCUCAAUAAUUGGGUAUUUUGCAAGUUAUCUCAAAUCCGUCCCAAUUACAAAGACAAGGUGGUUGGUAUCAGUGGGGACUUCGAAAUUGAUGGACUAGGACUUUCGGAUGAAUCAAGGGAUAUUUUAACAAAAAAAGUCAACAUCAUUUACCACGUAGCAGCUACAGUUCGUUUUGAUGAACCCCUCAAAAGAGCCGUCAAAAUCAAUAUCGAAGGCUCCCAACAAAUAAUCCAAUUGGCCAAAGAAUGCAAGAAACUUGACGUUUUCGUUCAUGUCAGUACAGCGUACUCAAACUGCCAAGAAAAGCUGAUCAAAGAAGAAUUUUAUCCGCCCCAUAUAGAUCCUUACAAGCUAAUGCUGAUGACUAAAGAGUUACCGGAUCACAUUUUGGAAAACAUCACACCAGGAAUGUUGCAGUCUAUUCCUAACACCUACGCCUUCACAAAACAAAUAGCGGAAGAUCUGGUGAGAAGAGAAGCCGCGGGAUUACCUGCGUGCAUUCAAAGACCUUCAAUAGUCAUAGCUUCAGCCAAAGAACCAAUUAGAUCAUGGGUAGAUAAUAUUUACGGCCCUGUAGGCUUAAUUGAAGGUGCUGCACUAGGUCUUUUACAUACAAUGCCUGGAAAUGCUGAUGGAAUAUCCGAUUGUGUACCAGCUGAUUUCGUUAUAAAUAAUUGUAUAGCCGCUUCAUAUAAAACUGCAAGAGAGCGAAAACUUGAUCAAAUUCCUAUUUAUAAUUGUACUUCUUCAAACUCCAAUCCUCUACGUUGGAAGGACCUUGCUUUGGCCACCAAGCAUGGUAAAAAAGUAUCUUCACUUAUUCUUCUUAGUAAAGGCUACUUUAAGUUUACUAGUUGCUGGACCUGGUACUAUAUUGUUAAAUUUAUACUUCACACCAUACCGGCUGUUAUAGUUGAUUUUGUGCUGGAGCGACUGGGGAAGAAACCUUUGCUUCGCAAAGCAUAUGGAAAAAUCGACAAAUUUAUCGACAGUUUAGUUCAUUUCACGUUAAACGAAUGGGAGUUUAAAGAUCAAAAUACGCAAAGUUUAUGGGAUGAACUUAAUGAAAAGGAUAAGGCUAACUUUCCGUUUGAUAUUAAGGUAUUGGAUUGGCAAGAAUAUUUUGACACGUAUUUGGUAGCAGCGAGAGAGUUUCUAGUUAAGGACUUUUUGGAUACAUUAGAUGAAGGAAGAAUGCUGAAGUUGAAGUUGGACGUAUUACACUACACGUUUGUGAGCCUUCUAAUAGGAUUGUCAGUGUAUUUUUUGGCAUGCACAAUAUUCUUUUUCAUUCCUUUAUUGCUCAUCUCUAUAACUAUUUUCUAUCUCAUUCCUUGAAAAUGUUUUAUUUUUAUUUAUUGUACCAAAAUACAUAUUGUUUUG